CUCGACCUGCUAAACAUGCGGCUCUGCUUUGUGAGGCUCUGGGAGCACAUCACGACCCAACCCGGGGGUCCGCGCUCCGCAGGCUACGACCUGUACAGUGCCUAUAAUUGUACAAUACCACCUGUGGAGAAAGCCCUUGUGAAGACGGACAUUCAGAUAGCUCUUUCUUCUGGGUACUAUGGAAGAGUAGCUCCACGUUCUGGCUUGGCUGCAAAACACUUCAUCGAUGUAGGAGGUGGUGUCAUAGAUGAAGAUUAUAGGGGAAAUGUUGGUGUUAUAUUGUUCAAUUUUUACAAAGAGAAGUUUGAAGUGAAAAAGGGUGAUCGAAUUGCUCAGCUCAUUUGUGAACAGAUUUUUUAUCCAGAAAUUGAAGAAGUUCAAGUCUUGGAUCAUACUGAAAGGGGUUCGGGAGGUUUUGGUUCUACUGGAAAGAAUUAAAAUUUGGGCCAAGAAUAGAAAAUGAAAAGGCAUACUUUUUUAUUAAAAAGUAAUAGAUUUUGCAU